CCAUGUCUGAUACCUUCCGUCAACUACAACCAGCAGUAACGUACGCAAUUGUUGCCGUACACCCGUCACGAGGACAAAGUAGAUAUCUAUAAAGCAAGCAUCACUCCAACGAUCCAUCCCUCAUCAGCACACUACAACCAUGGCAUCGACCGACAAGCAACAAACCAUCCCCGAAGACUUCAUCGACCUCGUUCUCGAGCGCGUGUUUGAACUGGCUCAAUUGAGGCCGACUAUUAUUUCAUCGUACUCUCUCAUCCGCCGGGAACUCUUCAACCGACUCAAUCAGGUCUACCGCAGCACGCCGUGCGCAAUCCAGCAGGAAGAGGAGCAAUCUUGGAUCAAACAGCAGCUCGGCAAAUUCCAAUAUGCUGGUUUUACAAGGCUGCUUAAGGGUAGCUUGUUUCCUGACAUCUCGUCGGUAACAACACACCUCAAGUUUCUUCGCGUCCUUCGCGACCUGCGCGCCGAGAUCAUGGCGCGCGACGGCAUGUUUGGCAUCACCGAUGACGAGUUCCCACGCUACUCCAGCAGCAGCGACAAAGAUGGCAGAUUUUUGCGUUGGCAGGUCUAUGUCACCUACGCAGUUGAGCGGUACACAAAGUGGUUUGAAAGCCUUCCGAGCAGAGGGCCAAUUGGGAAAACGGGACUGUCGUAUGACAUGCACGGCGAAGGCGAGACGUACGAGAUUACGGCGGAGAAUUUACCACCGAUCGAUGUCUUGAUGGUCUUGCACUCGCAUAUGCUGCAUCCACGCGUGUACUGGCAGGACUUGAUGCGCUCGAAUCGCAUGGGCGUGUUUCGCUCCAUGAAGAUGCCGUGGGAUGCUUUAGAAUCGGCAAUUCAGCGGCCUUCAAACCCACACGGAGCGUGGAAAUACAAUCCGUCCGAGACUGCACGCGAGUCCUUUGAGUCGAAUACCAUGCGCCUGUUCGAUCUCGAGAACGACAGCAACUCAAAGUGUGUUGUCUGCCCGCAAUGCUCGUCCGUCAACUCCGUCGAGCUGUUUAACAAGUCCGGCACGGGAUGGGUGCAGUCGGAGUUUGAAGCUACUUGCACGGCCUGCGAGUACAGAAUCACACUCGAUGUGUUGACUACCGCUGCUUUGCUGGACGAUUGCCAGGCAUAUGAGGAAAGCGGCGUGCCUCUCAAGGGAGCCUUACUCGACUACAUAGGCGUACAGUAUAAAGACCCAGGCAUGAUCCCCGGCGCCCUAAACGCCGAGAUCGCGGGCUUCUUCUCGCACAUCCCGUCCCGCGAAGAUUUCAACUCCGUGCAGACCAAAGUGCGCGAGGUGUUUAUCAGACUGUCCGAAACCGCCGCUGCCGAUAAACGGCCGCGCACGAAGGAAUUUCGUGUGCUGUCGUGCUAUGUCAAAAACUGCACGCCGUUCUGCACCGAUCUCGAGCUGGCGGUGCUCAGACAGUGCGAUUUCGCAGACAAGAUGGUCAAGUACGCGUACCUGCAUUCGCCGUUUCGGGAGAACGUGAUCAAGCGCGCAAUUGUGCGGUUCCUCAAGUUCUUCUUCCUCGUCAGAUUACGCCCCGGUGACUUUUUCGCGCCGCCGAUCGACGCCGACAUUGUCUGGCACACUAUGCUGCUCGACCCGGCCGGCUACGCGGCCACGAGUUUCACGUUCUUGGGCACGAUCAUGGAUCAUGACGACGACCUUGCCGACAGCGCGCUAUCAGACUCACACGAGCUGACAAAGCGGGAGUGGAAGCGGUACAAGAAGGUAGCCGAUUUCGAGUACGAUGGCUGUACGUGCGCGAUCUGCCAGGCCAAGCUCGAAUAUGUUGCGCGGCCUGAGGGAAUCAGGCUCAUAAAGUCGUUGAAGAGUAGACUUUUGACCAAGUCCGCCCGCGCGGCGGCUAUCGAUCAAUUCUACGCCAUCAAAUGCGAAGAACGGAUUCUGGGCGGCGACACGCUGGUGCAGCGCCUUACGCACACAUGCUCUGUUGCCGAGCGCCUCAAGCUGUCCGCAAAAGAACGCACCCAGCCGAAUUACUCGCACCCGUACUUCCUUGACUUGACUUUGUCGCCGAUAUUGUCAGAGAAAGGGACGGUGCUACGGUCGUACGCGGGUCUGCCGCCUGCGUACACCUUCGAGCCGGCGGCGUCGGACGGGUUUGGCGAGAUCUCUCGCACGCGGUACGGCAAGACGGCGUGGACGCCGUACAGCGAGUAUAUUAUUGCGGUGGCGAUGCUCCUUCCGGUUUAUUACAGCGUGAUGUAUGUUAGUGGUGGAGGCGGCACCGGCGGAGGAGCGGGAGAGUAUGGGGGCGGGUGUUCGUCCAGCUGUGAUAAGGGGCUAGGAGGUGUCGCGUGCGGAUCAGGGGGAUGCGCAGGACUAGGGGGUGGAGGAGGAUGCGGAGGUAGUGGUGGUGGUGGAUGCGGAGGUAGCGGUGGGGGAUGUGGAGGGGGAGGAGGAUGUGGAGGAGGAGGAGGAUGCGGAGGUGGAGGAGGAGGAGGAUGCGGAGGUGGAGGAGGAGGCUGUUAGCUGCUUUCUUUUCGAUCGCCUUGCUAUUCUGAAGUUGAGAUCAAUUCAAUUCGUUAAACAUCAAGCAGGUUGUACUCUAGCGUGCCUAAAUAUCUAGUUUUCAUAAUAAACAUCUACAAUAUAGACACAAAUGCAAGAACAAUUACG